UUUUUCUCAUAUAUAAGUUGGAUCUUUGUACCUAUUUUACCGUUGUCAAAAUUCUGCAAGGUGGAUCAUCACGAUGAUUGAGGAACUGGUCACAAAGUAUGCAAAUGCGGUAUCAAAGAAUACUCGUAUCAAUGCUCUUACAAAGCUGAGAAGCCUUGACGCUUUGAAAAAGGAAGCUACCGCUCUUUCAAAGAUUGGCUGUGAACUGCCUCUGAAAGGUCGAAUUUUGACAAUCAAGGAGUGUAUUUGUACAAAAGAAGAUACGGCAACAUCGUCUUCUAAAAUUCUUGAAGGCUACCAAUCGCCGUUUGAUGCAACGAUCGUAAAACUUUUGCGAGAUGCAGGUGCUUUGAUCCUUGGUUCAACUAACAUGGAUGAAUUUGCCAUGGGUGUUAGCUCAAACAACGAGUUGUUUGGCCAAACGGUGAAUCCUUUGUACGAUCACGACUCGUUUGUCGCUGGAGGAAGCUCGGGAGGUGCUGCUGCUGCUGUUGCCGCUGGAAUGUGUCAUGCCUCUAUUGGCACAGACACCGGAGGAUCCAUUCGUUUGCCUUCGGCUUUUACGGGCGUUUUUGGCUUUAAGCCGACGUACGGUCGUAUCUCUCGCUUCGGUGUCAUUCCAUUCGCAAAUAGUUUGGAUACUAUUGGAAUUUCUGGCGAUAGCAUUGAUUCCGUUCGACGGAUCUUUCAUGUCCUCAAUCAACAUGACAAAAAUGAUCUCUCUUGUAUGACUAACAACCAACGUACAAAAGUCGACCAUUUGAUAAAAAAUAGUAGCUCGAACGAAAAACCUGUCGUUGGCAUUCCCACCAACUGGAAUGUCGCCGAACUUGAGCCAGCUAUCCUGGACAAGUGGAAUGAAUGCAUUGCCAAGCUGGAAGAGGCCGGCUGCACGGUGAAGGAAGUGUACUUACCGAACUCUUCGUAUGCUCUGAACAUUUAUUUCGCAGUAGCAUACGCUGAAGGGCUGUCCAAUCUUGCUCGCUAUGAUGGUGCUAUGUUUGGUCAGCAUUUAGUGGACGAAGAAACCGGCCGUCGACUCUCGGUCAAGGAAAUUCGGAGUAUGCUUGUGGGUGAGGAAGUUCAAAAGCGUGUUCUCUUGGGCGCAUACUCUUUGCGUUAUGGUUCGGAAAAAGGAUUGUUCAAGAAAGCUCAACAAGUUCGUCGAGAAAUUCAGCGCGAGUUCAACAAAGCCUUCCGUAUGCAAAAUGCUUUGUGCCAUGACGAUGAGUGUGGAACUGUGGACUUUAUCGUUGCACCCGUUUCUUUGAGUUUCUGCCCUAAAAUUGGAGCUUCUUCGCCGAAUGACCUUAUUACUGAUGCACUACUUAUUCCUGCAAAUAUGGCAGGUGCACCAUCAAUGAGUGUACCUUGUGGAAAAACUCCUGAAGGUUUUGAUGUUGGACUCCAGGUCAUCGCUCAGUUUGGUGACGAUGAACGUUGCAUUCAGUACUCUGAUCUUGUUCAUCGACUUAUGAACCCGGACCAGGAGAACGUGAAACCAACUUCGAAAUCUGCUGUUAAAACAGAACACUAGAGUUUAAUCGUGAUUACUUCUGCUGAUUCCACGAAGACUCCACCUUUCUUUUUGUUCGCGAAUCACUUUACCGCUUUUCAUACCCCUUACAAACGACCGCAAAAAUCCCACCUUAUUCUUUAUUUAUAUUUAUCUUUUGGUUUUGAAAAAAAUUGGGAUGAAACUAGCAUUUAAAUUUGGAUCCGGUUUCAAAUCAGGCUUAAAGGCCACGAUGGCGUGUAUGGAUGAUAUUCUGGAUAGUUAUAUAUUAUCUAUUAUUUUGUCUUUCAUAGUUACACCUAGAAUGCAAAUACAUUGUGUUUGUUUUACAAGGAAAAAAAAAAGAAAAAAACCUCCGUUUAGCUUUCAAUAAACAGAUCCUCCGUUAUAAAGUUGCUCGUCUUAAAAUUCUUGUAGCCUUUUCUCCAUUUUCUUCUUCUCUUACGCACCCGUCUCUCUGGGC